GAAGAGAUAAACCCCACACGCUUUCUCCUUUCUUCCACGGCCCCACACCUCAGCUCAUAUGCACACACGUGCUCACCGACCGCGGCCGACCUCUCCAGCCCGAUCCCCCCACCUGCAGAGGCACAGCCAAGAACCCAAUCCAAUCCCGAACAAGCGGAAGCCAUGGACGGGGACAUCGCGGCCGGCGGCGGCGGCGGGGGCGGGAGCGGCGGGGGCGGUGGCACGAGCAUCCACGUCACGGCGCUGGACGGCAUCGUGAACGUGAACUCGCUCUUCACCCUCGCCGCCUUCCUGGGCCUGGCGUGGCGGCCCUCCUCCGACGGGCCGGGGCUCGCCGGCGGCGCCGACCGCACGGGCAACCCCUGCGCCGCCGGGGACCGCGCCGAGUCCGACCUCGUCUCCUUCCACGUCCUCGCCUUCGCCUGCUUCCUCUUCUCCAGCCUCGUCGCGCUCUGCCUCAAGCAGCUCGUCCGCACUUACCCGCCGCACUACCGCCGCGGCACCCCCGGCGCCACCUCCUCCGCUGGCGGCGCAGUCCUCGGCCGGACGGCGCGGAUCAACCGCGCCGCGCUCCGCGUCGGGAUCCUGGCGUCCGCCGUGGGCUCCGUCGCCGGCUGCGGCUUCCUCAUGAUGGCGCUCGUCAACGUCGUGCAGGUGAAGCUCGGCCGCCUCGGCUGCGGCGCCGGCGGGUCCGCCGCGUGGGCCGCCGUCGUGCCGCUCGUCACGCUCGUCCCCGCCGCCAUGCUCAUCUACAUCGGCAUCGUCUUCUACGCCUUCACCCGCUAGAGCAGAUCAAGAAGCGCCAAAUCUCACCCGGUAGCUAGCUAGAUCCAGCGGAAUCUGGUGUUUGAAUCAGAUCUUGGCUGUCAAAUCCUUCAAUCUUUCUAUGUGAUCUGCGCUGCCGCUGAGAGACCUCCAGAGGUACAAUGCAGCUGACGUUUGUAAAUUAAAAAAUGUAAUGCCUAUGAUUGUGUGUUUUCUAGCGUGCUUAUUUUGAGUUGAGGUGAGCAAAGUGAUUCUGCUGCAAAAUUUCAUCUGCAAGUUGCUCAUGGAGUGUACUUGCGAAGUUAGUCAGAUGUGCCAAGAGUGAAGCAACAAUGAAGCUCAGCUGCUGGUUGGUCGAUCUCAGCUGGACAUGAAAUUGUCCCGCAUCUCAGCUAAAUCUGCAAUUGUCCAGGUCCCAAACUCUGAGCUUGUCAUUAUCUGCAUCGUGUAAGGCUGUCUGAACUCUGAAGCAGGAAGGUACAAAAAUCUGGGGUUAGUUAUCCCUUUCAUCGAUGUGAAAUGGAAUAUCAAAUGAAACUCUGUUGUUUUUGUAUGCAUUUUUAAUGAAAAAUGCAUUGUAUAUUUGUAUA